UGAAAGUUUAUUACAAUGAAGAAGACUUCAGUCGCCAGGAACGGAGUUCCGUUGGUCGGGGGAGCCCGUGCGCCAGCGUCCCGGGCGCCGAGCAUCCGAGCAUCCCGGCGCCGGCGGCGAGUGCGGGCCGGGCCCCCGCGGCCGGAGCGCGGAGCCUGCGCCCGCCUCCCCCGCUGGUUGGUCGAGGCAGCGAGAAAUCAGCGCGAGGACAGCCUCGCUCUCCUCCCCACCGCGGCCGGCCACGGCCACCCGGGAGAGCAGGCAACUCCAGCGUUAGCUCUAAGCAGGGACUCGCCCUUCCGCGGGGCAGGAAGGUGGGCCGGCGGGCGCCGCGUUCGUCACCCACGGAGAGGAGGCGUCGUGACGCCGGGUCGGUGGCCCGAUCCUCUCCUCGGGGUAAGAUGGCUCCGCUGCGAACUCGCCGGCGCGAUCACAGACGCGCCUCUCCCUUCCCGGCCUUCCCUUCGGGGCCGCGGGGACCGCCAAGGCCGUUCCCGACGCGGGGCCAGCCCGGCGGGACCCCCGGCCGGCGCCGCGGGCGCGAGUGCGGGUCUCGCGAGUCGCCGCCCGCCAGACAAAGCUGACAACAUGGCUACCUCCGCCCCAACAAGUUCCGAGCAAGUUGAGCGGCGGCAGGCGCCCGGCCACGGCGAACGCCUCCCGCGCCCCGGCGGCCGUCGUCCAUCAACUUCAAGUUUCCCUCCAGAGCCGAGCCCGCAGCCCGCCCGGCGCCGAGCGCCGCCGCCCUCGCGAGGCCGGGCCCGGGAAACUUUCAACGUCUGCAGCCGCAACUGACAGCCCGGCGGGCGGGCGCCCACUCACCUUCAGACAG